AUGCCUCCUAUGGGUGCCGGAUUUCCCUUCACUCCUUCGCAAGGAAUCUCGUUCCCAAACGUCCCGUCCUACCCCUCGCCUACUCCCCCGACACCCCCACCUCCAACGCAGCUUGCGCUUCCACCAAACGUGAUGUUCCUCCCGUCUUCCCAGGGAAGUUCCACUCCUAUCGUCUUGCCCUUCCCUAUGCCAAUGCCCAUGCCCAUGCCGAUGCCUUCGCCGCCUCCCGCACCAGCACCUGCUCCCAUCUUCAUUCCAUCCCCGCCGGCCCCCGCUCCCUAUCCCUAUCCAGCCUAUCCUCCACCUCCCCCGCCUGCUCCGGCGCAGGACAUGGGAACCAUGAUGUUGCUGAUGAAUCAGAUGAGAGCCAUGAGUCCAGCGAAUCAGCAGCUGGAUCGACAUUCUCGCCUUUCACGGGGAUCGAGCAGCGAGGAAGAGAGGAAGAGGAAGAAAGACAAGGAGAAAGAAAAGGAAGAGAAGAAGAAGGAGAAGGAACGACAGAAGGAGCAGAAAAAGAAAGACAAGCAGAUGGCUUUGGAGAUGCGGAGGAAGGCGCAGGAGGAGAGAAGGGCGGAACAGGUUAGAAUGGUCGAAGAACGCAAAAAGGCGCAGGAAGAGAGAAGGGCGGAAGAGUCCAGAAAGGCGGAGGAGGCCAAGAAGGCAGAGGAGGAGGCUAAGCAGAGAGAGGAGAACGCAAAACGGGAGGAAGAGGAAAGGAAAAAAGCGCAGGAGGCGGAAGUGGCUGCCAUGGAGGAAAUAAGGCUCUUGGAUGCUAUGGCAGAGGAGCAGCAAGAAGAACCUAUACCAUAUGAACUCCCCGAAGAGCCUGGAUGGCCCGCCCAGGACGUAGGUGUCGAUAUAGGGUGA